CGUGUUGACGUUGAUGUGAGCUUGCGUGCAUCGCUCCCGUCCCCAACACCGGUGACCCGACCACGCGUCAAGCUAUCGUAUAACCAACCUCGCGUCCGCCCUUUCCUUGUCUAGGCUGCUUAUCGUUCGCCAUCCCGUCAAGUUGAGGCCCUAAUUGCAGUGCCAAAACAUUGAAGCCUAAUUGCACCUCAGUGCACACUCACCACUAAUAAUCGUAAGCCAUUAUGAGGCUUGCAAGCGCCGUAGCAUUGCUCGGUGCAUCUCUGCGCAGGGUCGCAGCAUGGGGAAGUAUGUCAUCGGGUCCCUAAAUCCACGAGAGCUUCACGUGGCAUCGAGCUUCAAUGUGGUCUCGAGUUCCAUCGCUGACCGACUUGGCUUACUAGGUCUGGGUCACAUUUCGACUGCGUACCUAGCCAGCCACUUCGUCGCCAAUACAACCGAAGUCUUCUUUCAGGACCUCCUGCGUAAUGACACUGAGCAUUACCUUGCCGGCGUCGCGACCUGGGCUGACACGAUCCGGUACACGCGCUGGGGACACUUCACCGGACCCUUCCACUACAUCGAUGCCAAAGAUAGUCCGCCCGGCUACUGCGGCGUUGACUUCGAGCGGGACUGCAAAGCCCAAGGCUGCGUCGUGACGGCGCUCGCAAACUACACGGCUCGGUCUUUGGAUCCUAAGCUGAGCGGUUGGGAACGCAACCAGGCGGCGAGGUUCGUCGUGCACUUCAUUGGCGACAUGCACCAGCCUCUUCACAAUGAAGAUGUGGCUCGUGGAGGCAACGGCAUCCACGUCAAGUGGCAGGGCUCUGAUUACAACCUGCACCACGUCUGGGACAGCUCCAUUGCCGAAAAGUUGAUUGGGGGUUCUCGUCGGAGGCCGUACGACAACGCGAAGAAAUGGGCGGAUGAGCUCGCCGACGAGAUCAAGACUGGAAAGUUUGCUGCGCAAAAGGGAGAAUGGCUCAAGAGUCUGGACUUCAACAACGUCAACGCUACCGGACUGGCAUGGGCGAGAGAGGGGAACGCUUUCGUGUGUACCCACGUAUUUCCAGAGGGGCCGCAGGCUAUUGUUGGCCAAGAACUUAGCGGCGAGUACUUCCAGAAGGCGGCACCUGUAAUUGAACUUCAGGUCGCACGCGCGGGUGUGAGAAUGGCUGCUUGGCUGGACCUCAUCGCAGCGGCGUACCAAGACCAAGCGAAGACGGCCGAACCUGUCAUGGAAGACUUGUAAGAUUGUGAGAUGAGACGCCAAGAAUGCUGCGUUGUUUGUGCCGCGCGACUUCCUGUACAAGACCCUCGUUUAUCACAGCGCAAAACGUGUUUUGAUGCAGUGAAAGCUUGGCCCUGCUGGGGUCCUCUGUGUGUAUUUUGAUUUCGUGACCUAGAGCACAGGAGUAAACAUUUCUAGAUGCUAGGCUGGUAGAAUGAUGUCCAAUGAUGAAGCUAGGCUCACUUUA